AAGGCUUAAACCCUACUUUUUAAGACUUAACUGUAUAAACAUUUUUUGUAGAUUGGCAUAAACCCAGGACUAAUGGCAGCUUACAAAGGACAUCAUUACCCUGGACCUGGAAACCAUUUUUGGAAGUGUCUGUUUAUGUCAGGCCUGAGUGAGGUCCAGCUGAGCCAUAUGGAUGAUCACACUUUACCAGGGAAGUAUGGUAUUGGAUUUACCAAUAUGGUGGAAAGGACAACACCAGGCAGCAAAGAUCUUUCCAGUAAAGAAUUUCGUGAAGGAGGACGUAUUCUAGUGCAGAAAUUACAGAAAUAUCAGCCACGAAUAGCAGUGUUUAAUGGAAAAUGUAUUUAUGAAAUUUUUAGUAAAGAAGUUUUUGGAGUUAAGGUUAAAAACUUAGAAUUUGGACUUCAACCCCAUAAGAUCCCAGACACAGAAACUCUCUGCUACGUUAUGCCAUCAUCCAGUGCAAGAUGUGCUCAGUUUCCUCGAGCCCAGGACAAAGUUCAUUACUACAUUAAGCUGAAAGACUUGAGAGAUCAGUUGAAAGGCAUUGAACGAAACACAGACGUUCAAGAGGUGCAGUAUACGUUUGAUCUACAAUUAGCCCAAGAGGAUGCAAAGAAGAUGGCUGUUAAGGAAGAAAAAUAUGACCCAGGUUAUGAAGCAGCGUAUGGCGGCGCUUAUGCAGAAAAUCCGUGCAGUGGCGACCCUUGCAGCUUCUCUUCUAGGGGGCUAACUGACAGUGGAGAAUCAACUUUCGGUGACAUUCCAAAUGGGCAGUGGAUGACCGAGUCGUUUACAGACCAGAUUCCUUCCUUUAAUAAUCAUUGUGGGACGCUGGAACAAGAAGAAGGAAACCACGCUUAAGAGUGGUGUUUCUCAGCUCUUCCUAAAUGCUGCAGUUUUAAUGCAGUUGUCAAGAAGUGGCCCUCAGUUUGCUAACUGAGGCAUUUUAUUAGUAUUUUACUCUGUGAUAUAAUGAUAGUACAGUUGUGUGGUAGAAUCAACUGUAUGAACCUAAGUAAGUUGGGAAAGAAAAAGUAGGGUUUUUGUGUAUGAGUUUUUGUAUUUGAAUUAACCAUCAUUCCAGCUUUUUAUAAACUAUACUUCAUUUAUGAAGAAAUUGAUUUUCUUUGGGGAGUCACUUUUAAUCUGUAAUUUUAAAAUGAAACAGUCUGAAUAUUUAUACUUGAUUAUUAACUGUGCAUAAACCCAGAUAGACAUUAUUCCUUUUAUGCCUAAGAAGGGCAUGCUAAUAAUAAUUACCACUGAUAAAGAGGCAAAUGUGUUCGUUUUUGUAUAUGAAGUUAACCCACAGUGGAGGCUCAUUUGGUAGUUUUUAGCAGUGUUUGAUGGGCUCCCUGAGUGAUACUUACACUCACACCUCUUUGCCUCACCAAUGGGGAGUGUUUGUGAGAGAUGCCCAGCAGUAGAAAUGUAAAGUGUGGCCUUCCAGCAGCAAGGCUAGCCUGGCCUUCUCUGACGGGGCACCGAGGCCUGACUUUGACCUCGUCACCCCGGGUGUUAAUCCUCUAGUACAGGUAGAAACUGUUGUGUGGGAUGGUAAGUUCCAGAGAAUGCAGUAGACCUUUUUUAAGUUUGUUACUUCUUCCUCUGUGUUUUACUUGAGAGACAUACAUUUGAUAGGGAAGGAACUGAAUUUUUUGUACAAUAUCUAUCACCAUUCUAAUUUUAUCCUCCUCGGCUUUAAGGGUAUAAUGUGGAAAGUGGUGAGAAAUGAACUCUUAGGUGGAGCAACAACAUGCUGGAGAUGUUUGAUAGUCUGAUUUAAAUUGGUGCUUUAUAUGUACAUGAGGUAUAUUAAAAUAACAGAAUUGUUCUUGCUAGGUAUAUCUAAUCAAUAAUUUAAAAAAUCUCUAUAUCAUUGUCUGUUACUGUGGACUAAGUGAGCCUCAUGGCGGGGUUAGUUUGAAGUAACGUACCUUUGUGAUUUUAUGCCUUUUCCAUGGUGCUACAGAGUCCAGACUACUAGGCCUGGUGCAUAGUAAAGCUGGGUAUUCAGAAAUGCCAUUUGCAAUUACUCCUGGUCACUUCUGAAUAUCCUGAUUUCAUACAUACCCAGGGAGCAUGCUGUUUUUCAAUAUGAAAAUAUUUAUGAGUUGUUUUUUUUCCCUAAGAGAUUAUAUGGCGUGUUCUUUGUAUAGUAAGAGAAACAAAGUCUUGUGAAUCUUAACAUGCUUUUUAGCUGUGGCUAUGAUGGAUUUUAUAUAUCCCUUAGUCUAGUUCAAGCUGUGUAAAAGUUAUUCAGCCCAUGUUAUUUAACUCAUGUACUGUACUGCUGUUUACACAGAUGUUUUAUGCGGGUGCUUGGAAGUGCCUUGCAUCAGGGAUUAGGAACAAUUGAAUUAUUUUUUCAUGGGACUAUGUAAAGCAUGUAAGUAGGAAUUGCUUUGGUAUAUAAUGAUUGUAGCCUUACAAUAGAUUUUUUUUUUUUGAGUGGAGAAAAUACCCUUUAAAUUAUGAUGGACACUCAUUAGAGAGGGGGUUUGAGGAGUUUCCAAGCAUACAAUAAUGGUGUUUUUCAUUACAUAUGAAAGAUGAGUAGUAAAUGUUGAUAUAUCCUAUACAUGACAAUAUGGGACUUUUUCAUUAAAUAAUAUUGAAAAAGUUUUUAAAUUCA